CUGUAACACCCUUUCGGUACCUAGCACGAGGGAUGGGAUACUCAGGUCGCCCAGGCCUAGAGAGGGGAAGUCGAGUGCCAGAGGUCGGGUUCGAAUCACGGACCUUCCGGAAGAUCGGUUACGAACGGAAGAAUAUCGUGAGUUGCCGACUGGAAAACGUCCUAUCGUUUGGUUGAUAGCUCAAUGUUUAAACAGCGAACUUACUGACCGCAUUUUCUGUGGUUUGAAUCUAACCUCAGCAUCUCGACUGUUUCUGUCUAGGAUUUGGCAACCAGGAAGCAUCUUAGCUCUCGUGCUCUCUUCGGAUGCAAUGACAGCUGGGCAGCGGAAAGGUGCAAUAGGCAAGCGCCUCAGAGGACCAGGUCCACGGAAUGCAUUAUUCCUGUCACCAACCAGUGCACUAGUGAAACCAUCGUUCAGCUUUAGCACCCUCUCGGUGCCCAACUGCCAUGCCACCCAAAGGUUGCACGAGGGCUGGGAUACUGCCAGGUUGCCCAAGCCUAGACAGGAGAAGUCGAGAGGCAGAGGUUGGGUUCGAACCACGAACCUUCCGAAAACGGAAAAGUGGAACAUACAACCAAGCCUUAGAGAUAAAGGCAUGUUCAGUUUGUCCGGAAAUUGGGUAGCUACGCAUCAGAGGCGAUA